GGUGUAAACCAGCCUCUGCUAAUUUGGUCCCCAGACCCAACUCCGAGCAACAAGCUGUGGACCAGAGACGAAAAUGCCAGCUCCCCCUGUUUCGAACGACUUUAGAUCUCUUUUAGCUUCCAAUCUCUUCUUUGUUGUUGAAAGCGGGAUAUCAGUGAAUAAUCAAAACAUUUCCAAGGCAACUCUUGAUCUUCUUGGUUUACAUCAAGUCCCCACCUAAAGCCUCCACUACUCUUCCAUUUCUUAAUUCAGACUCUCACCACAAGCCUAUUUUUCUGAGAAUAAUAUACAAGUUAGAGAGAGAGAGAGAGAGAGAGAGAGAGAGAGGAGUUGAUGGGUUGGAAUAAAUUGGAGGCAAAAAGUGGUGACAUUCUUAUCUGCUAAAGCUAAAGAUCUCAUCUUUUGUAGCACUCGAAUCGGAGGGAAAUGAUCUGAGUGACCCAUCCCUGUUCAUGCUCGACACCGGAGCUCGCUUCCAUCAUUGGGAUCCCAGAACAGCCCGGGAGGGGGGGAAGAAAUGUAGGAGGUUGGUGGAAGAAAUUGAGGCUUUCAAGGCGUUUAAAUAGGAUGCUGUUUUUGCAGGAGUGACAACUGUUCUUGCUGCAACAAAUUACAGGUUUCUGAUGUUACCAGUUAUGUAGUUGAUGCACACCUUGAGACGAUGCUUUCUUCUCCUGAAGAUUAUUGACCCUCUCCUGAACCCUGCAUCAAUAGCAGCCUUGUCCACAACUCUCCUUUGUGUUCUUUACACUACAUAAAUGGCAGAUCUUAGAGUUGGGAGGACUGAGCAGGGACAGACAAAGAUCCGAAAUGUUCCCAUUGCAGUAACCCCAGAAGGGUUCUGGUGCUGCCCCUCUCCUGCUGUUCUUCAAAAGACCCUCAAAAAUCACAAUCACCAAAGCAAGAGUAGAGUUUCAUCUCCACUGCCGUCAAAGACUUUGCCCGUUCAGAGAGCUGCAACUCCCCCGGUGGAUAGGAGAUCACAUGGAACCUCACCAGGGACUAAGGUUGUUUCUGAUGAACAAAGAUGUCCAACUGACAAUGCUGCUGCUUCCGUAAGUCCAACAAAGGCACCUGAGAGGCCGCUAGAGAGGCCACCAAAGCCAUGUCCUGAUACCCCGCAACGCAAGAUAUCCGUGGGCUUUGGUCAACCUGACACCAGCGAUUUGAAAGUCGUUUUGUUUGGUAAGGAAGGAAUCUAUGUGAGGAUGAGUGUUCAUAGGAACAUUCUUGCAGAACAUAGCAGCUUCUUUGCAGAUAAGUUCUCCAGGCAGUCUCCUGUACCAUGUGUUGAAAUAGUAGACUGUGAAGAUGUGGAGAUCUAUGUUGAGACCGUGGGAUUGAUGUACUGCAAAGAACCGAAACACAGAUUGAUCAAGCAAUGUGUUCCUCGUGUACUACGGAUUCUCAAGGUUGCUGAAUCACUUGGCUUCCACGAAUGCAUAAAGUCCUGCUUGGACUAUUUGGAAGCAGUCCCUUGGGUUGCUGACGAAGAAGAAAAGGUGGUGUCCUCUGUCAAACAUCUCCAGAGCUUUGGUGCCAGCCCUAUAUUGAAGCGAGUGGCUUCAGAUAUAUCAAACCCACCAAAUGAUACACUUGCUCACAUAAUGCAACUAGUUCUCAAAAGCAACGAGGACAGAGGUCGGAGAGAGAUGAAAGCAUUGGUGCUGAAGCUUCUUAAGGAAAACAAUGUUGGGACAAAUGGUUCUGUUAACAUACGCAUUGAAUUAUUUUACGGUUCCUGCAGGACUUGCAUGGAAUCACUGUUACAUCUGUUCAGACAAGUAUCCGAACCUGGUCUCUCAGAUACUUCUAUAGACAGUAAAGAUCCUGUGAUGCGGCAGAUAGCUCUUGAGGCAGACAAUCUCAUUUGGUUACUUGAGAUUUUGAUUGAUAGGCAUGCUGCAGAUGAAUUUGCGACAACAUGGGCUAGCCAGCAUGAGCUUGCAGAGUUGCACUCGAAGCUGCCGAUCAUGUCACGCCACCUAGUCAGCUGUAUCACUUCUAGGCUUUUUGUUGGUAUUGGAAGAGGAGAGAUGCUUCCAUCAAGGGAAACCAGGCAGCUACUGUUACAAAUUUGGUUACAGCCACUAAUUGAUGACUACACCUGGUUACAACAUGGUUGCAGAUCUUUCGAUCGGACGGUCGUCGAGGAAGGAAUUGGGCAGACUAUUUUGACACUCCCCUUAGAAGACCAGCAGAGCAUUCUUCUUUCUUGGUUGGGGAGAUUCUUGAAGGUCGGUGACAACUGCCCCAAUCUCCAGAGAGCCUUUGAAGUUUGGUGGAGGAGAACUUUCAUAAGGCCCUAUGCUGAACAGCAGGGAACAAAUGUGAUGUCUGAUUGAAGCUAACAUUUAGACUUGUAGUUGGACUUGAAGAAAGUGACUGCCUUCUAGUUGGAUGAAUUAUGAUUGAAUGAAAAAGUGGCACACUGCCUUGGAAGAUUGGAGAUGUGAAAUCAGGUUUGUUUUAGGUUGAGUUGCAUGGAGAAGUUUGAAUGUGACAUAUAUUCAGCUGAUGAAAUGGCAUUUCUCACUUGUGAGGAAUUCAUAGGUAUACUGAAGCUGAUUUUAGCUGCAAAACUCAUCACAUUCUCUGAAUAUUAACUGCCACUAUGCUUUCAGUGUAUAAUUCUACAUAUGUGCAUUAGAUGACUAUCUUAUAAAGUUCAUGUUUAUUUCAACCUCAUUUAUUCUCUGCUCUCACUGGAUGUAUAACUCCAAGCCAUUGAUGAGGAUCCACAGUAGCUUUUGUGA